ACAUUAGCUUCGAUUCCAUUGAAUAACUCAUAUUAUAUAAGCCUAGCACACCAUCAUUCCUCAUCAAACCGAAAUUUUCUCUGGCUUUCUUCCCUCCCACUGAAUUUCUCUCUCUCUGUCUCUCUUGUCUCACCCAUAUAUAAAUUCUCGCGAUCUCUCUCUCUCUCUUUCUCUCUCUCAUAUUUUAUAUUCUCAUAGUCUUUCUCUCAUCGUCGAUCACUCUCUCUCUCUCUCUCUCUAUCUUUGUCAGCGAUCAUCGUUGUUUACGAUCAUCUUGCUGAUUCGGUUGAAGGCUCUCAAUUCCUCUCUAUUUCUCUUUAGUCCUCUACGAUCUCAUUGUUUUUGAAGCCUAAGUCACCAAGAAUCAAAUCUAUUUUAUCAGAAAUCUUCUCUGCUUGAAAUUUGUGGAAAGACUGAGAGAAUGGUGGUUGUUGUGCUAGGCGCGUGCUUACGCCAUUGAAGACCCAAGCUUUGCCUUGAAUUUUUACAGACGGAAGGAGACCACAAAAUGUAUGGCGUUUCAGGUUCUGAACAUAGCGUAUCAGGUUUUGAAGAGAUAUUUGUGUUUAAAGAAAUUGAAAAGCUCGUGCAAGAAUUGGUUAUGAUGUCGAUUAGCAAGUGCAAGAUGGAGGAUCUUCCGAAAGAGUUGGUGAUUUCAAUCCUGUUACGUCUACCAGCGGAAGAUCUUCGACGAUGCAAAGGCGUCUGCAAGUCAUUAUACUCCAUUAUCACCAGUCGGCCUUUCAUUGAGGUACGCCGGAAGAUAAGGAAUUCUUAUAUCCUUGUCAAAUACGAGGAUCUUAUCAGUAGCAAGCAUGUCAUCUCUUUACUUUGUGAUGAAACCUUAGAAGUCGUUUAUACCCAAACAAUAUUAUCCGAUACUCCAUUAAUGGAUUCAAUGAGUUCGAAAGAUCGUGUCGUCAAGGUGGUGGGCUGCUGUAAUGGUGUGGUAUGUCUUAGGCGUAUAGAUAUGUAUGUCUUGUGGAACCCUGCAACAAGAGAUGCAAAAAUUAUUCCAGAUGGAUUAUACAAAAGCAAUCCGGAUAAGAAAAUGUUUCAACGUCGAGAGAUGGGAUUCGGUUUUGAUCCCAAAAACAAUGAUUACAAACUUGUCUCAAUCCAAAGAUUGUUUGGAGACAAUCGACGCCCUGUCCGUCCAUGCCAACAAGAGGUUGAAGUUUACAGCUUAAAAGCAGGCUGUUGGAAAUUGCUACCAGGUAUCAUCCCAACUUGUGAUAUUAUGUCGGCAUAUUCAGUUGAAGGAUGCAACGGUGGCGAAAUGAUUUCGUGGUUGGUAUGGAAUGCAGAGUAUGGAGAACAUGUCAUGUCAUUCGACAUCAGCAAUGAGGUAUUCAUAACAACACCUUUGCCUCCUUUUAUAAUUGAAAGCAGCAGUGAUGGUAACUGUCGGAAUAGCCUUAUGUUUCAUAAUGCAUCCCUUGCUCUUGAUCAUUAUGUUAAAGAUAGAAAGAAUCAAACAGAGACCCAUAACAUAUGGGUGUUGGGUGAAUAUGGUGUCAAGGAAUCAUGGACUAAUCUAUUUACUGUUGGACCCUUCAAAUUAUUAGGACCGAGUAUAAGUGGAUUUUGGAACAACAAUAAGGUUCUUCUCGAGGUAGACGGAGGUGGAUGUCGUCAUGAUCUGAUUUUGGUAGACCCUUCCAUCCGAAAAAUUAAAGAUUUAGAUAUUCAUGGAACAUCACUUCAAGUGUUUAACUACCAAGAAAAUCUAGUUCAAAUUAAUGCAACUCCUCCUAUCAACUUAUUUUAAUUUAGCUAUUUCUGUUUUUGUUUGUUGGUCUAAUUGUUUUUAAUUUAUCUAUUUACAUAUGUUUUUUUGUUGGUCUGAUUGUCACGGAUAUGAUAGAGUUGAUAUUAAUUAAGUUUUCAUGGAGGUAUCUACUAUCUCGGACUCAAAUCAUUGUUUCAGACUAUAUAUCAAUAAAGCUUUUAUUGUUCUUUA